AGCGGCCGUUCCGCUAGUUCUCAGCGCCAGCCGGGAGGUGGGUCUCAGUCAUGGCUGCGGCGAACUUUUGGGACCCGGCGUCCGCGCCAAACGGUGCUGGGCUACUGCUGGGCCAUUUCGUAGCUUCGGGGAUAGUCACUCAGGAGAUGUUAAAUAUAUCUAAGAAAUCAACUCCUUGCUUUGUGAACUUCUCCAGGCUUCAGCAGAUCACAAAUAUGCAAGCUGAAAUCAAUCAGAAAAACCUAGAAAUUGAACUUCUAAAACUAGAAAAAGAUACAGCAGAUAUUGUUCAUCCUUCCUUUUUGGCUCAGAAGUGUCAGACUCUGCAAAGCAUGAAUAACCAUUUGGAAGCUGUGCUGAAAGAGAAGUGGUCCCUCAGGCAGAGACUGUUAAAACCCAUGUGCCAGGAACACCUGCCUAUUGAAGCUGGUUAUCACAGUUACUUGGUACAUUUGCUGGAGUUGGCAGUGACUUUCAUUGAGAGAUUAGAAACCUAUCUUGAAACAAUUAGAAAUAUUCCUCACUUAGAUGAACGUGUAAAGAAAAUGAGCAAGGCUUUAGCCGAGAUGGAUAUUUUGGUGACUAAGACAGAAGAACUGGCAGAGAAUAUACGCAAGUGGCGAGAACAACAAAAAGAAGUUUCCUCUUGUAUCCCCAAAAUAUUAGCUGAAGAAAAUUUUCCUCCCAAACAUCAUGUUACAACACCUCCUUUACCUCUUACUUCUGAAGUUCAUGUCCAGAAUGUUAAUGCCAAAUGAUUCAGCUGUAUAAUCUUAAGUCAAUUUCUAGUCAAUGAUAAUAUGGGUAAUUUGUAGGCUUUGCUGCUAGCAGUACUAAAAGAGCCCUCACAGUAUUGAAGUACUAAGAUUCCAAGUUCAUUAAGACCAAACAAAAUUUACUUUUAAAAAGUCUCGCGCAUGGAUAUGUUUAUUCGGAGUCAGAGAGAAAUACUGUGUGAGAGAGAAACAUCAACCUGGUGCCUCAAAUAGGUGUCCCAGCUGGGCUCGGACCCGCAGCCUCUUAGAAUACGGACGGCACUCCCACCAGCUGAGCCACCUGGCCAAGGCUGCUUUGUUUUUAUAUAUUUUUAUUCCACUUUUCAAUGAAAUUUAGGAAGAUCAAGUAUACCUAUGACAGUUCAUUAAUGAGAGUGUCUCCGUAGCUGAAGCAGCAGACUCUACAUCUUUUUUUUUUAAUGCUUGUUUCUGAAUUAGAAGAGUCUCCUUGAAUCUGAAAGAAUGUUGAUUAUUCCUGUGAGAUUGUCACUAAAUGUGCAAAAAAGAAUAACAUACUGUCUUUUAAAGGGCUUGCUUAAAGGUGGGACCUUUGCUGGUGUCUGGGAACUUAAGUUUCCAGAGGCUUCCUCCACUCUCACUGAUAAGAGUUCUCUGUGAUGAAGCUGUGUGUACAGCGUAGUUUUUGCCGAAUGCCUGCCUUUCUUCUGGGAGUCUAGAUUUUGGUACAUGCUAGGUAGAUGGUACGUAUGUGACUGGCAUACAAAAAUAGCCCUGGACAUGGCAUCUCUUCCGUGAUAGACAUUUCACACAUGCCACAGUUCGGGUGCGGGGGACUUGGGCACAUCCUCUGUGACUCCACUGGCAGAGACUCUGAGAGCUAAGCCUGGUUUGCCCCAGGCUUUGUCCUGUGCACCUUUUCCCUUUGCUCUUUUGCAUUUAUGUUUUUACUGUAAUGAAUUAUAGCCAGGAAUACAGUGACAUGCUGAGUCCUGUGAAUCCUCAAAGCAUGUCAUCAAACCCGAGUAGGGUGAGUCUUGGUGACUCUGACACACUGAGCAAUUCCUGAGGGUGGUCACCGGCAGCCUCAGGAACAGGCAAAGAAAAAGGCACUUGAUGGUAGAACUUUGAGAGGUUUACCUUAUAAAAUGCUCAGAUGUGUUACCCAUAUAAGAUUAUCGUGCAUAUGAAAGGAAGCGGUAUGCCAAAACUUACUAAUACUAAGCAGCCUCUGAAUGUAUUCAUUCGUAUCAGUAGUAUUACUACCCCUGGCUUAUUUUCAGACUUGGGAUUCUCUUUUGCUUUAAAAUGUGUACAUCAGUAUUUUUUUUAAUUUUGUUUUUUAUCCUCACCCAAGGACAUUUUUUGCAUCAUUUUUAGAGAGAGGACAGGGGAGAGAGAAACAUCAGUUGGUUGUCUCCUGUAUGCACCCAGACUGAGGAUCAAACCUGAAACUCAGGUAUGUGCCUUGACUGGGAAUUGAACCUGCAGCCUUUUGGUUACAGGUUGAUGCUCCAACCAACUGAGUCACAUGGAUCAGGGCACAUCGAUAUUUUUAUACUAUUGUCUGUCUGUCUCACUGUGGUUCACUGGUCCUUGCAUUCAUCACACUCAACACAAGAAGACCUCAGCACAGUGGAUGAGUAAAGUAGUUGUUCGUAAGGUGACAGGAUCGUUGCCGAAAAGUAACCUACAAAAGCAACUAGGGAUAUUUUGAAGCCUAUUUUGCUGACUUUUGCACAUGAGUUAUAGAACAGUGGUCAUACAUGUUAAAACAUUGCCUAACACUUAAGCAAACUUCUCAGUUGUAUUUCAUCAGAAAUCUGUUCGGGUCUAGCCUUGGUUUCAAACAUAUUACUAUGCUGUUUCUUCAUGUGAUUUCCUAUAAUAGUUUAUAUAUACUGGGUGGGGCAAAAGUAGAUUUACAGUUGAUCAGAUGGAAAAUAAUAUGACACAAUUAACUUUCACAUACAACUGUAACCCUGCCUUUGCCCCACGCUGUAUAUAAUAUGUAAGGGUGAGCUAUAUAUAUAAUGUCUUUCUCAAAAUAAAAAAUCUUAAUUUCUAA